GGCUGGUCUGGGGAGCAUGUGAGAUCUGUUCCAUCUCCGACCUAAUAAAUAAUGUGCAUCGUGCUUAUAGCUCUGGCCCCCGCCAACUGCUCACUGUGACUUUAAUGUAAUCUCUUUCCUUCGUGGGCCUUUUCCCUAUCUGAACUGGCACUCCACUCCUUGCUGUAGAUUAUUCAGAACUACUCCGUAAUCUCUCACCCCCUGCCCUGGUAGCCAGCUGCAAAAGGUCAAACUCUUCUCUCUUCUGGCUUUAGAUAAAGCCUUGAGAAGAACUUGAGGCCAAAAAGGGAGGUGAGGGGACUCUGACCCCAUACCUUUAGGUAGAGGAAACAGCCCUCUUCUAGAUUAGCAGGUUGACAAGAGAUCCCCGAGAUUAGAAGCCCUGAAGGGGCGGGCAUCCUCCCGGUUACCCCAGGAAUGUGGUCGUGAGGCGGAGCCCACAGCUUUCGGAAGAAAAGUAGUCUGGGGCCAUGGCCCAGGUCAGCAUCAACAGUGACUACAGCGAGUGGGCUUCCAGCACUGAUGCUGGGGAGCGGGCCCGUUUGCUCCAAAGUCCCUGUGUGGACGUGGUACCUAAGAGUGAGGGGGAGGCGUCUCCUGGAGAUCCAGACAGCGGCACUACUUCAACGCUUGGAGCCGUCUUCAUCGUCGUCAAUGCCUGCCUCGGUGCAGGUCUGCUCAACUUCCCAGCAGCCUUCAGCACUGCUGGGGGCGUGGCAGCUGGCAUCGCCCUGCAGAUGGGCAUGCUGGUUUUUAUCAUCAGUGGGCUGGUCAUUCUGGCCUACUGCUCUCAAGCCAGCAAUGAGAGGACCUACCAGGAGGUGGUGUGGGCCGUGUGUGGCAAGCUGACUGGUGUGCUGUGUGAGGUAGCCAUUGCGGUCUAUACCUUCGGAACCUGCAUCGCCUUCCUCAUCAUCAUUGGGGACCAGCAAGACAAGAUUAUAGCUGUGAUGUCAAAGGAGCCGGAUGGGGUCAGCGGUAGCCUCUGGUACACAGACCGCAAGUUCACCAUCAGUCUUACCGCCUUCCUCUUCAUCCUGCCCCUGUCCAUCCCCAAGGAGAUUGGCUUCCAGAAAUAUGCCAGCUUCCUGAGCGUCGUGGGCACUUGGUACGUCACCGCCAUUGUAAUCAUCAAAUACAUCUGGCCAGAUAAAGAGAUGCACCCGGGGGACAUCUUGACCAGACCAGCGUCCUGGAUGGCUGUGUUCAACGCCAUGCCCACCAUCUGCUUUGGAUUUCAGUGCCAUGUGAGUAGUGUACCCGUCUUCAACAGCAUGCGGCGGCCCGAAGUAAAGACCUGGGGCGGAGUGGUGACGGCCGCCAUGGUCAUCGCUCUGGCUGUCUACAUGGGCACAGGCAUCUGUGGCUUCCUGACCUUUGGAGCUGCUGUGGACCCCGACGUGCUCCGGUCCUACCCCUCAGAGGACGUUGCUGUGGCUGUUGCCCGAGCCUUCAUCAUCCUGAGUGUGCUCACCUCCUAUCCCAUCUUGCACUUCUGUGGGCGGGCUGUGGUGGAAGGCCUGUGGCUGCGCUACAAAGGGAUGCCCGUGGAGGAGGAUGUGGGCCGGGAGCGCCGGCGCCGGGUCCUGCAGACGCUGGUGUGGUUCCUGCUCACCUUGUUACUGGCCCUCUUUAUCCCUGACAUUGGCAAGGUCAUCUCGGUCAUCGGAGGCCUGGCAGCCUGCUUCAUCUUCAUCUUCCCAGGGCUGUGCCUCAUUCAAGCCAAACUAUCAGAGAUGGAGGAGGUCAAACCUGCCAGCUGGUGGGCACUGGUCAGUUACGGAGUCCUUCUGGUCACUCUGGGAGCCUUCAUCUUCGGCCAGACGACAGCCAAUGCCAUUUUUGUGGAUCUCUUGGCCUGAACUCUGCCUCCCUGGAAACAUGUGGCCACAGGCGUCGCUCAGAGCUGUGGAGCUGCCCAAGUCCCAUGUCCCAUUCCAGCCAGUGAGAUGACAUGUGGACACCUUUCCGCACGGACAGUCAUGAGACAAUCAGCCGCAGAUCUGUGGACUGCUCCCGCCCAGCUGCCUUGCUCCCUGACCCCACGUUCUCAUGGAUGGAGGUCACAUGUCACAGGAGCUCCUUCCCCUUUGCCCAGGUCUCAACUUCAAGCUUUCGGGACUUGAGGAUGGAGAGGGUCAGUGGGUCGCAGAAGAGAGAGCCAUUUCUGACUUCCCUCUAAAAAAGAACAAAAUCUGCAUCUGCAGAGGACUGGCGUCCUCCGAGGAGCGUGUCAGAACUGUGUCAGUACCUCGGGGUUUAGUGCCUGUCCAUGUCUCUCAGAAGCCAGUGACAGCUUCUCCCGGGACCUAGCAACUUCCAAAGGAGCUGCUGACAUCAUAUAAAUGUCCAUUCCCCUCUUGGUCCCCUAUGAGCUUCACAAGUCAGUCUUUGGGUUCCCUACGGUGACUUUGUCCAAACCCAGUGGUCCAUGUUGGGUUUGCUUCUGCUGUGUUCCCAGACAUCACCAAGUCUAAUGUUUACAAACGGUGCCAGCCUGGCUCUGGAGCUAGGGGCUGCCAUGCCACGGUGCUCUGAGCACUCCUCCGUUAGCUUUUUUUUUUUUUUUUUUGCAUGGGCAGAGGGUCUGUUGUCUUUUUCAGAUUCCAGAUAAGCCCGUCUUUACAGAGGUUCAGGGUAGGACCUUUUAGACCAUCCUUUCAGGCAGGGAUGCUCAAGGUCCCGGUGAAGUUCCAGCUCUGUUGCUUCACUCCUCCAAGCCUGUCCUCUCUCUUCUCCCGCUAAACCCAGCCCCAGAGCCCAGAAGGUGUUAGACUGGGGACCUUGGAUGUUUUCCUUCCUGUCUCCAUCUUUCCCCAUUCCCCAUUCCCACACGCCCAUCCCUCUCCCCCAACCC